AUUCUAGCACCAAACAAGUACGUUUUUGGCAUUGAAGCUCUGGCAGAUUUACAAUCAAACGGAUGUGGUGGCCAGGGAACUUGGUCAGUUUAUGACAGCCAGUGCUACAGUUGCAUAGCUUAUGCUGCUCCUUGGCAAACUGCCAGAGCAUCGUGUCAGCAAUUAGGGGGUGAUCUUGUUACUAUCAAUAAUGCAGGGACACAGUCUUUUUUGGAACAACUUUGCCCCAACACAUACCACUGGAUUGGACUGAACGAUAUAGCCAAUGAAGGCACCUAUGUAUGGGUUAAGGAUUCAACGCCAGUGUUUUAUUCAAAUUGGAACACAGGCGAGCCAAACAAUUCAGGAGGGGAUGAAGACUGUGUGCAUACUUUGCAGAAUACACAUAAGUGGAAUGAUUUAAGUUGUACAGUUAGUUACUCUUACAUCUGUCAGAAACCUCAAGAUAUCGAUGACUGCAAUCCAGAGCCUUGUCAAAACAACGGAACCUGUACAGACCUGGUCAACGACUACCUCUGUGAUUGUGUUGCAGGAUUCAAUGGAACAAAUUGUGACAUCAAUAUCGAUGAGUGUGCAUCUGAACCUUGUCAGAACAAUGGAACUUGUAUAGAUGUGAUCAAUGAUUACACAUGUGCUUGUACUGUCGGUUUUAAUGGAACGAACUGCACAAUUGAUAUCGAUGAGUGUGCAUCUGAACCUUGUCAGAACAAUGGAACUUGUAUAGAUCUGAUCAAUGAUUACACAUGUGCUUGUACUGUCGGUUUUAAUGGAGCGAACUGCACAAUUGAUAUCGAUGACUGCAAUCCAGAGCCUUGUCAAAACAACGGAACCUGUACAGACCUGGUCAACGACUACCAAUGUAGUUGUGAUGCAGGAUUCAAUGGAACAAAUUGUGAAAACAAUAUCGAUGAGUGUGCAUCUGAACCUUGUCAGAACAAUGGAACUUGUAUAGAUCUGAUCAAUGAUUACACAUGUGCUUGUACUGUCGGUUUUAAUGGAACGAACUGCACAAUUGAUAUCGAUGACUGCAAUCCAGAGCCUUGUCAAAACAACGGAACCUGUACAGACCUGGUCAACGACUACCACUGUGAUUGUGUUGCAGGAUUCAAUGGAACAAAUUGUGACAUCAAUAUCGAUGAGUGUGCAUCUGAACCUUGUCAGAACAAUGGAACUUGUAUAGAUCUGAUCAAUGAUUACACAUGUGCUUGUACUGUCGGUUUUAAUGGAACGAACUGCACAAUUGAUAUCGAUGACUGCAAUCCAGAGCCUUGUCAAAACAACGGAACCUGUACAGACCUGGUCAACGACUACCAAUGUAGUUGUGAUGCAGGAUUCAAUGGAACAAAUUGUGAAAACAAUAUCGAUGAGUGUGCAUCUGAACCUUGUCAGAACAAUGGAACUUGUAUAGAUCUGAUCAAUGAUUACACAUGUGCUUGUACUGUCGGUUUUAAUGGAGCGAACUGCACAAUUGAUAUCGAUGACUGCAAUCCAGAGCCUUGUCAAAACAACGGAACCUGUACAGACCUGGUCAACGACUACCAAUGUAGUUGUGUUGCAGGAUUCAAUGGAACAAAUUGUGAAAACAAUAUCGAUGAGUGUGCAUCUGAACCUUGUCAGAACAAUGGAACUUGUAUAGAUCUGAUCAAUGAUUACACAUGUGCUUGUACUGUCGGUUUUAAUGGAACGAACUGCACAAUUGAUAUCGAUGACUGCAAUCCAGAGCCUUGUCAAAACAACGGAACCUGUACAGACCUGGUCAACGACUACCACUGUGAUUGUGUUGCAGGAUUCAAUGGAACAAAUUGUGACAUCAAUAUCGAUGAGUGUGCAUCUGAACCUUGUCAGAACAAUGGAACUUGUAUAGAUCUGAUCAAUGAUUACACAUGUGCUUGUACUGUCGGUUUUAAUGGAACGAACUGCACAAUUGAUAUCGAUGACUGCAAUCCAGAGCCUUGUCAAAACAACGGAACCUGUACAGACCUAGUCAACGACUACCAAUGUAGUUGUGUUGCAGGAUUCAAUGGAACAAAUUGUGAAAACAAUAUCGAUGAGUGUGCAUCUGAACCUUGUCAGAACAAUGGAACUUGUAUAGAUCUGAUCAAUGAUUACACAUGUGCUUGCACUGUCGGUUUUAAUGGAACGAACUGCACAAUUGAUAUCGAUGACUGCAAUCCAGAGCCUUGUCAAAACAACGGAACCUGUACAGACCUGGUCAACGACUACCACUGUGAUUGUGUUGCAGGAUUCAAUGGAACAAAUUGUGACAUCAAUAGCGAUGAGUGUGCAUCUGAACCUUGUCAGAACAAUGGAACUUGUAUAGAUCUGAUCAAUGAUUACACAUGUGCUUGUACUGUCGGUUUUAAUGGAACGAACUGCACAAUUGAUAUCGAUGACUGCAAUCCAGAGCCUUGUCAAAACAACGGAACCUGUACAGACCUGGUCAACGACUACCAAUGUAGUUGUGUUGCAGGAUUCAAUGGAACAAAUUGUGAAAACAAUAUCGAUGACUGCAAUCCAGAGCCUUGUCAAAACAACGGAACCUGUACAGACCUGGUCAACGACUACCAAUGUAGUUGUGUUGCAGGAUUCAAUGGAACAAAUUGUGAAAACAAUAUCGAUGGGUGUGCAUCUGAACCUUGUCAGAACAAUGGAACUUGUAUAGAUCUGAUCAAUGAUUACACAUGUGCUUGUACUGUCGGUUUUAAUGGAACGAACUGCACAAUUGAUAUCGAUGACUGCAAUCCAGAGCCUUGUCAAAACAACGGAACCUGUACAGACCUGGUCAACGACUACCACUGUGAUUGUGUUGCAGGAUUCAAUGGAACAAAUUGUGACAUCAAUAUCGAUGAGUGUGCAUCUGAACCCUGUCAGAACAACGGAUCUUGUAUUGAUCUGAUCAAUGGUUACCAAUGUAACUGUACUAAUAUGUUUAAUGGAAUGACUUGCACAGAUGACGUCGAUCUGUGCGCUUCCUCCCCAUGUAAAAACAACGGAACCUGUACUAAUUUGAUCAAUAGUUUCCAGUGUCAAUGCCCUUUGGAAUUUAAUGGAACUACCUGCUCCAUGGAGUCACUUUUAACGAAAUUCACAAUGGAAUUGAAAAUUGACGUAACAAUAUCAGAAGAUUUGUCUUCAAGCACUGGUUAUAACACCGUUAAAAGUAAAGUACAUAUUGCCUUAACAGACAUUUAUUCUACGAUACCAGGAUCAACAGUCGUUAUAAACAGCAUAAGGAAGGGAAGUCUUAUUGUUGACUUUGAUCUCAUUAUUCCGGAUGAUCCUGUAUCCAAGGUUCAGGUCGUGGACACUGUAUAUAAGCUACUGAACGGUCUAGCCUUUGUCAACUACUCCGGCGAGGUCGUCAACGUAACAUCAGCAUCGUUCAAUUCGUCUGCUGGCACCGUUAUCAUCACUAAUUCCACUGACGGGUGUUCCAUUAUGAAUUCCAUGAACGUGUGUUUACCUAAAUACAGGUGUCAUGAGUUUAACAACUACACCGUGGCCUGCAUUCCAAUUAUAAGUAAGUAAUAUAAAAUUAAAUCAUUUAAUUAAUGAAACCAGUGAAUUCCUCUACUUACAUAAUUAUACAAAUGUGCAUAAAAUAUUUUUAAAGUGUCUGACUUUUUAUUUAUUAUGAAGUAUACUAAAAAAUAAUGAAUCUUUUUACAACAUGAAGUUGUUUAUCUUGUAAAGAAAAUUUGUUGCAGUUAGUACAAAAUACCUAUAUUUCUUAAUGACAUACAUGUAUUUAAUUUUAAUGUUGAAUUUUUCAGUUCUUGUAUUUAAUCUCAUGAGUAAAAGUUGAAUGAAUGUGAUGAGCUUUAUAUGUGUUUCUAUUAUGUUUGUGCUUUGCGUGUUUAAUACUUACAUUUCAAAUUUGCUUUCAUUUUAUAUGUUCUAAUUUUAUAAUUUAGUAAUUAUCAAUUCACACUCAAGAAAUUGCAUGUUUCUUUUAUACCAUAACGAGACUAUUGCUUUAUUUUCUUUUUGCAGAUUGUAUGAACUUUAAAGUUUGUAUAAACCAUUAUUUAUUUAUGAACAUACAUGUCACUGUUUAGUUUAAAACUUUACUUUUUAAAAAUCAAAUCAAAUAGGAAUAAAAUAUAACGACAUUCUUCUAAAUAUUUCUUUUCUAUAAUUUCAGACAGGGGGCAAUCCUAAUGCUGCACUGUGAUCUAGGAUUCAGAUAUAAUAUACAUGUAUUUGAUGUUUUUAUUAUUUAUAUUUUAAAGUAGUGUACAAUUCUAUGUAUUUUAAACUCAUUUCUUUAUUGAAUUUGUUAAUGACACUUGUUAUUUGUAAUAGAGUAAUAAACUUUACA